UUUCAUCUGUCUUUUAGAUCAACCUUAGCAGUCUGUUGCAAUAACAAAACAAAAAAAAUGUCUGCAAAUCUAUCAGAAAAUUAUCUUUAUCAAGUUCUUUUAUUACUGAUAGUAGCAAUUUUGUGUUGGCUAUGGAUGAGAAAAGGGAACAAGUUAGUAACAGCAUCGCUGCCACCCGGGCCAAGAGGCCUCCCAAUCGCAGGUUACCUCCCAUUUCUUGGUAAAAACCUGCAUCACCAAUUCACGAAACUGGCCGAAGAAUAUGGCCCCAUCUACAAACUCUGGCUCGGGAGCAAACUCUGUAUUGUGGUUAGCUCACCAUCUCUGGCUAAACAAGUUUGCCGCGACCUUGAUGUGGUCUUCUCCAACCGGGACCCAACAAUCGCUGCUUUGACACUCACCCACAACGCCAUGGACAUUGCUUGGUCCUCCUCAGGCCCUUACUGGAGAAACAUUCGCAAACUAUUUGUAAGAGAAAUGCUUAGUAACUCAAAUAUUGAUGCUUGCUACCAUCUUAGAAGACAACAAGUUAUGAAAACAAUCAAGCAUUUACAUGAUAACUGUGGCUUCCCUGUUGAGAUUGGGAAGAUUGCUUUCAUGACUGAAUUCAAUGCUUUUAUUAGCAUGAUAUGGGGUGGCACCACCAGCAGCAGCACAUUUAAAGGAGGGGAUCAUGAUGAUGAUGGACAUGGAGCUGAGUUUCAUGUCAUAUCCUCUAAAUUCCUAAAGUUAUUGGAAUUGCCUAACAUCUCUGAUUUCUUCCCCAUUCUCGCAAGAUUCGAUUUGCAGGGUGUGCAAAGGCAAGCAAACGAAAUUCUUGCGGAACUCGAUGCUUUCUUGAAUUCUCUUAUAGAUACACGAGAGAAAGAAAAGGCUAAAAAUGGAGAUGGUGAUAUUGGUAAAAAGGACUUCCUGCAGAUUCUACUGGAUUUAAAGUACUGUCCAGAUUCUGAUAUACCAAUCAAUAAAACUCAGAUGAAGGCAUUGAUAAUGGACAUAUUGGUGGGCGGAACAGACACGUCCGCGACGGCGGUGGAGUGGGCGAUGGCAGAACUUUUGCACAACCCAGAAAUGAUGAAGAGGGUUCAAGAAGAGAUAACGCAAGUUGUUGGAGAUAAGAGCUUAGUUGAAGAAACCCAUUUACCAAAGUUUAGGUAUUUGGAUGCUGUUGUGAAGGAAACCUUGCGAUUGCAUCCUCCUCUUCCAUUGAACGUUCCGCGUCGUCCAAGCGAGACCUGCAUCGUCGGAGGAUACUCCAUUCCCAAGGAUUGUAAGGUCUUUCUGAACACUUCAGCAAUUCAAAGGGACCCAGAUGUUUGGGAAAACCCACUUGAGUUCAGGCCUGAGAGAUUCUUGGGUGGGGAAGAAGGAAGUAAAUGGGAUUACAAUGGAAACAAUCUUCACUACUUUCCGUUUGGAUCUGGAAGAAGGGUUUGUGCAGGGAUUCCUUUGGCUGAAAAGAUGGUAAGUUAUAUAUUGGCUUCGCUUUUGCACUCAUUCGAUUGGCAUUUGCCCCAAGGAGGGGAAGCAGUCGAUUUUACAGAGGAAUUUGGGAUAGUGGUGAAGAAGAAGAUGCCUCUACUUGCAGUGCCAAUGCAAAGGCUUUCGGAUGAGGUUCUUGAUCAUGUAUGAUUUUCAAACUUUUUUCUUCUUUCAAAUUGGCAAUAAUUAAUUAAGAAAAUGUCAAUAGCUUGUAUAAGGUAUCAACCCUUCCUUUUAAAAUCCAAUUUAAUGAUUAUGCAAAAGGUAUAUGUUGAAUGCCUAAUUUCCAGAUAAGGGAUAUUUGAAAAUUGGGUGAUGGAUGGAUUUCCACCCCAACUGGUAUAAUCUGGUCAUAAAUGAGUUGAUUUUGAAUGAUGUUAAUGAU